AUGGCAACUGCGUAUACUGUCAACAUCAAGCCGGAUAACACCGGCCUCUGGCAUUUCGGCCAGAGUGAAUCCGCUGCCCAGAAGGCCACUGAACUGUUGAACAAGGAUAUCGAGAAACAUCAUGUGUUUUUCAACCAAGAUGGCUUCCACAACCAUAUAAGCCACCACCUUCUGGCACUCUACGGCACUGGCGCCUCUGCGGAAGAUCUGGUCAAGGGCUAUAGAGAGAAUGAAGACUAUCAACGGCCGGCGAUGAAGGCGCAUGAGAGCCUGUUCGAGGAUCUCCGAGACUGGGACAAGGCCAAGAAACGCCUGGGCAAGGAGCAGUACUACACCGAUUGGCUCCUCUUCUACCAACAUGAGAUCGAACGCCUUGGCUGGCAGAAGGCACUUGCCGAGUACAUGUUCAAGGGCGAUGAGCGAAGCGACGACAUGUUCGUCCGGAUGUACGCAGGCUUCGUCCACCCAUUGAUUCAGCUUAUGUACGGCGUGGAAUGGGAUCAGCCAGCCAUUGUCGCUAUGGCUUUGGCUCAAGCCAGCGUUCACAAUGACCAGCUCCGGAAGUUCCUCAUGGAAGCUGAGGGCCAAGCAAAAUCCGCCCCCACGCCCAUGCCGCGGAUUGCUUCACUACUAGAUGACAUGGCCAAAGAUGAAAAGCUUCGAAACUCGCCGGACCUCGACGACGGGAAUAAGGUCCGGGAUGGUGUGCUGGGAAGGGCUUGGGACGAGGCACUCAAAUACUCAGCACAAGUCAAGGUUCUCCCGGAAGAACUGGAGGAAAGAACCGCCGAGAUGUUCAACACGGCGAUUUACGAGGCAUCUGCUGCCGCGAUCUACAAGGACAAAGACCCAAAGUACGAGUUCUUCCUCAUGCACCAUGUCAACGUGUCCCCGAUCUUCAUCACCCUCAACAAGCAGGACUGGAUCUCGGUAGAGAAUAAGGUCCGAAUGCUGGAAUGGAAGAUUCGCCUCGAUUUGAUUCAGUACUCCGCAAGGGGUUCCCCCAAGUUGAGCGUGGAUAAGAUUAAGAAUUAUGUACCCAAGGAGAGAAAGCCUGGCCCAGCAGUUGAGCUCCUGCCACGUAUGCAUCAGUUCGUCGAUGACGGGCAUGCGAUCAAACUAUUCCGAGCCAUCGGGGUGGGCAAGGAGGCGUGCAACCCCUACGCAGACAAGGAAUGGAUGCCAAUCAAGGGAGAUCUCUGGAACCAAGUCGCACACAUGGUGGCUGACUCAGUCGAGGCCCCCGGACCUACUUGGGUUCGAAAUGCAGGGUUCGAUGAAGCAUGGAAGGAAGUUCAUGAUCGGCCUCAAGAGGGUAAAGGCCAGAGACUAUAG